CCAAGAGACAGCAAACCGAGAGACAGCAAAAUAUCUCGUUGUCCAGUUUCAACUGCAAGCGACAGAGAGAUCAAGAUUUGACACAUUUGACGCUUAGAUUUAACUACAAAUCAAAAGCCCCGAGCCUGCUUUAUGCCAUACGCGAUUUCCUGACUAUACGUUAAGAUAGAUUUAGAAGUACGCGGCCACAGAAGCCAAAUUUUAUGUGUGAAGUGCUAACUGUUAGCUGACAGGCUACAUAGCAUAGCCAUUGAUGCAAUGGCGUUGAAAAGAAUUCAGAAGGAGCUUUCAGACCUACAAAGGGACCCACCAGCUCAGUGCUCUGCUGGACCAGUUGGAGAUGAUUUGUUUCAUUGGCAGGCAACAAUAAUGGGUCCGAGUGACAGCCCAUAUCAGAGCGGAGUGUUUUUCCUCACUAUUCACUUCCCGACAGACUACCCCUUCAAACCACCCAAAGUUGCAUUCACCACAAAAAUAUACCACCCUAAUAUCAACAGCAAUGGAAGUAUUUGCCUGGAUAUACUGAGAUCGCAAUGGUCACCUGCACUUACAGUAUCAAAAGUAUUAUUGUCUAUCUGCUCUCUGCUUUGUGAUCCAAACCCGGACGACCCACUGGUACCAGAGAUUGCCCAUACAUACAAGGCUGACAGGGAAAAGUACAACAAAUCAGCAAGAGAAUGGACACAGAAGUAUGCAAUGUGAGAAUGCCAGGGAGAUCGAAAUACAAAUGAGAACAAAAGAAACACCUUUGAUUUGUAACUUGAGGCAAAUGAGCAACAGAGGGGGAGAAAAAAAAACUAGACAACAGCCCAUCUUUUGGAGCAGGAAGCGAUACAAUGAGGUACAGUGCCACCUGGCUUUCCAUGUGCUGAGCUGCUACCAUGUGCUGUCCUUCAUGACUUGUAUGGAUCUGCUGAGCAGGAUCCGAUGGGCUCCUUAAAGCACUCCCAUAUGGAAUACCGGAAACUCUUCACAGUCCAUACCGCCACACUCAGACUUUAAACUGUUACUCCUGCUAUCGUGAUUAUCACCGUCAUUGUUGCUAUUCAUACGUAUCAUUUUAACCGUCAAUGACUCAUAUUGUUGUGCUACUCAAAAAGCGAAAUGGUUGAUUUAUUUAGGAGAUCAGCUCUCCCUUCAUUUCAGAGGUACUGUCUGUGUCCCACUGGAUGUCUUGUUAUUACUGUAUUUCCAUGUAUUUAGUGGCCUUUCUGUGUUAUUAUUUUCGGUAUAUGUGCAAUUGAGGCAGAAUCUUCCCUGUUCAACACGAAAUGGUGCGGUGCCAUUACCAGCAGCUGAUCUGUUGGCACAUACUGUCUCCACCCCGAAACAAUGUGAAAGAUGCAAAGAAGGAUUGAUCUCUUAUCACCCACUGCAUUUUUAAAUUGCAACCGUAUUUCGUGAUUUUGAGGACACUGGAGAGCUGCUGUUAAGAGCUAGCUGGCCCUUGCCUCAUUGUUGUGGAGCUCCAUGGGGAGAAUGUCAACUUCCAUUUUUCUCACACAUGCUGUCAUUGCCCCUAUAUCCAGUAGAAGUUACCACCCAUGGCUGGUGUCCAUAGUGCACAAAAUACUACUGUUGUUUGACUUGUUGUAUAGCUGUGAACACAGCUACUCUUUGGCAUAUAGCUGAGCUGUGUGCCACCUCCUCAGUACAGUUACUCAGGUAUCUAACCAAAUCAUCAGCCUUUUACCUGCAGUGACCCAUGGUGAGAAAAAUGACCAGGUCCCAUAUCAUCAGGCUUCUAAAACAGUUCACUGGUUUGUUCAUUUAAAAGAAAAUGCUUCCUAAAGAGGCAAAAUGAUCAAAGACCGAUCACUCCUGAGGUUCUUCAUGCAUACAGGCACUGACGGUCUGUGUUGCACAAAAAUAUGCUGUCACAUAAGUACUGUCAUCAUGUCACAGAGAGGUUUAUUUGUUUCAUUAUUCCUCUCGAGUUCUUUUCAUUAGCGUCUCCAUUUAUUUUUGAGCAACACUUGGAUGUGAACAGCUUUUAAAAUGAUGCUGUUAAACAUGUACUUGCUACUGUUUUUCUAAAAUGAAAAGGCCUUGUUAGUGUCACUUGUUCUCAAAAUGGGAAAUCAAACAGACUUGACAUUUUUCUGAAUCUAGUCAUUUCAAGUCAUGUGCAUCUUGUUACUUGAGGUAAGUAAACAUAGCUGCCAUGACGAUUUGAGCUGCUUUAAAUAUCAAGUGAUGUGAAGUAUGUCAGCUUUUGUUUGUGUUAUUACUCGGUUCUGCAAAGGUUUUGUUUUGGGAUUAAUAAUCCAGACUGACAGUAAAAAAGGUUUGUCUAGGUGAUGCGUUUGUGACCUUUUGUAUCUUUGAAAGCUCUAGUAAUAGGUGUUUUGGUUUUUCUUUCCAUUCAUGUCACCGGAACUGAACAAGAUUGUGAUGUGUCAUGAUGUAAUAUUGGUUUUAAUAUAAUCCAUUGUAACUGUUGGAUAAAGUAGGUAAGAAAUGCUAUAAUUGUUUUUUGUUUUGUUUUGUUAGACAUGGCUCAUAAUGUGCUGAUGCUGCCAAUAUAAAGGGAAGUAUUUGGUGUUUGAAAGGGGAAAGAAUUUUGCUUUUGAGGGCAUUAUUGGGUGCAUUCAUCCACAAAGGUCCAUACUAAAGCAUGAACAUGUAGAGGCUUUGAUUGUAGAAUUAACACCAUGGUUUAGGCGCCAAAUAUAGAUUUACGUGUUAGCUGCUGUAGAGAAAAUUGUCAAAACCAGUUCUCCUGAAACACAGUAUACACUAAAAGGAUUUGAAAAUAUAUCCUCAAAAUUCAGUGAAACUCCUUCUGCCGCCAGACCACAAUUGAAAAUGACUUGUGUGUAAUAGUACUAGUUCAAAUUGUGUGUGCAUUGUUGUUUGUUCAUCUGGCUAUUUAUUUAUUUGAAAGCAGAGUAUCUUCCAACUGUACGAUUGAAUGCAGCCUCGAUUCAUCAUGUGAGUGGUGCGACAUUGACCUCCUUUGUCCAGUGUGCUCAAUAGAGUUUAUAUAGGCAGCUUGGCAUGCUUUGCACUCUGGAGAACCUUCUCACAGCCAUUUGCCAGAUAUCAGGGAUUUCGUUACAAUUCAUCCGCCUAACACCUCCGACUAAAAAUUUUAGCCUUAACCGUCAUUUUGUAUAUAUAGAGAGAACAUUAAUUUGUCAUAAACUGUAAAUUUGCUAUCAGGGCUGUAUUCCCCAAAUGGGUGAUUCAUUUCAUCAGUAGAUAAUGGAAACCUGCUUGAACAGUACCAAUAUUUUUGUUGAAAAUUUCAGCCUGGCUUUCUCCAAAUGCAGGACCAGCCUUCAUGCAUCUUAAAAAAAAAUUGGAAUAUGUGUGCUUGAAAUGCCACCAUGAACAUCCACUUGUCCUCACAUAGCCUACACAAGAUAACUAUUGACCUUGUCAUAACAUAUGAAUAAAGAUCAUCUUGGUUUACCAUU